AUUGCUGUAAGCAUAUGAGCAACAUACGGAAUCGCUUAUCAGAAGGAAGCUGAAAGUCCAGCUUGAAAGUAUCUUCACAGUUCGCGGUCCCUUGAAAACGGCAGUUCGCUCAGUCGACCUAAUACCACCGAACAAUUAAGUUCACUUUAAUUUUAUCAUUAUUUCGUUAUAUUAUUUAUUUAUAUUUCUGUGAUCGUGACAGUGAAAAUCCCUUUGUGGAUAUCCUCUUCCUUCCAAAAACCUAAAACAAUUUCAAAAUGGGAUUAACCGGAAUCACUUGGACCACCUCUCUCUUCGUCUUGAUUGGUCUUGUUCAGUAUGCAACCUCUCUCAAGUGCUGGCAGUGCACAUCGAAUUUGAGUGCAGGAUGUGGAGACCCCAUGAACAAUACUGAACACCAUGGUACUUUCCACAUACAAGAUUGUGACGCAACUUCACAACAUCCUUACUCUUAUGGAAGACACCUGUGUCGUAAAAUCGUUAGGAGAGUUCAUGGACAACGAGAAAUUAUCCGUCAAUGUACGGAACCAACCCCAGAAGAAAGGGACAUUACCGAUGGACCUUGCAGUCAAAUGGCACAACCAAGCUACGUCACAAUAGAAUCCUGCAAUAUUUGUAGUACAGAUUUCUGCAACUCAGCCACUUCCCUUUCCGGCAAAAGUUUUGCCUUCGCCACUGUUGGUGCUCUUCUCAGCUGCUAUUUUUCUACAUCCAAGCUCUCACUUUUCUAAAAUAAUUAUAAGUGAAAAAAGUAAUGUAAAAAGUGUCAACAACAAAAAGAUGUUAUAAUGAGGGAUGUAAAUUAAUUUUUUAUCGCACCUUGCAAAAUUAAGAAGCACAUAAAAAUAAAAAUGACAAAUGGAAACUGCGUAGGUUAAGAUACCGUGAAAAGUUCAAACUUAUCUAACACAAAGAACGUUGUUCUUAUUUUUAUAGAGAACAUAUGAAAAAUCCGAAUUAGUUUUAUGCAAAUUAAUAUUAAGAUAUCAAAUACUGGAUCAGAAAAAUAGAAAAUAUUUCGAUAUAUAUUUAAAAAAUUGUUUCAUUCGCAUACUGAAUAUUUAGGAAAAUUGUAGACUUCUUGAAUGACAAGGAAAACAUUUCUGUUCUUUCAGAAUUUAUAAAAAGGAUUGUUUGUAGUACUUAAUUUAUAAAUAAUUAUAGACCCAUUUUAAAAUAUAAAAUCUAAAAAAAAAGUUUGAAAUAUAUGCGAAUGAUCCAAUUGUCCAUAAUUCAAAGAUCAGUGUCUCAAAAAGACAGUCUACGGAUUUGGUUUUUUAACAUAGGUACAACAGGUUCUAUAAUCAUUAAAUCGUUAUAAAUAAUUAUAAUGUUUGUAUAUUUAGGACAAUAGUCGAGAAAGUGGUAACACGAUUACAAAGUCUACAGAAUUGUACAGUUUUUAAAUAAUCUACUUUAAUAUAACCUCCUGAAAAAAUUAUUUUCCAAAAAUCUCGAUGUAAAAUUAAACAGCUAAUAUUUCUUAUUUAAUUUCUCUAAGGCAAUUGAUUUUAAACCUUACUAACCAGACUUCUACCUCUUCCAUACUUUUGUAGAUAAAUUUCUUUAAAAA